AUGUCUUCGAAGAACAAGACACAGAAAAAGUCCAAGGCUGAAAAGGCAGCUCAGCAGCAAGGACAACCAGCGUCAACACUCGCAACAUCCACCAAACUUAAGCACCUCGGUCGAGCAGCCGCACUUCUCCUUAUUGCAGGCUUUGCUUCACCCGUCUCGCAACUCAACUUGUCACCGGUUUACGGGUCCAUUCCAGCAUCAGCCCAUCAUCAACGGUGUAUGCAGAUUUUCACUGGUCUGGCUUUGCUGUCACGAUACCAGCUUCGAAAAUAUGUGUCUUCCUCUGUCGCCGACUACAUUGCUGUCAUUGCGUAUUGGGCACCCGUUGUGCAAUAUCUUCUCUUCCAGUACAGCGCCGACUUGGGAAUCGUCUGGGGCCCGAUGAUCAUCGAGGGCUUGACAUACUUUCCCCUACUUUUCUUGUCGGUAUAUGCGGCUGCUGACCUGAUGGACUACGUCUUCAUCUCCCGGUUUGGAUCUACAUCGCCCAUCAAAGAAGUGGUCCCAGUGGUGUCGUACUUUGCAGUCUCAAACGUGGCCAAGCUGAGCAGCGCUUUGAUCCCCAGCUUCAUCGGAACCUCGAUCUAUUUCACACGAAUCGGUCUGCAAAUGCUCGUUGGAUCCGCCUCUGCCUUCUUAAGCCCUUCCCGAAGCAAUACACCCUCCUCGCCCGCCACGAAUCCCUCACCGGCUACCUGUCUGUAA